ACACCGAAAAUCGACACCGAGCGUCAGCAUGAAAAGGUACCUUUAUAAAAUAGUGUACCGCUGUUUAUUGAUAGAAACUCUUUGAAAUAUAAUAUUUAUUUGAAAAUAAAUCAUGCCAAAAGUACGACGAAGCAAGAAACCGCCUCCAGAUGGUUGGGAACUAAUCGAACCGACUCUGGAGGAAUUGGAGCAAAAGAUGCGCGAAGCCGAGACGGAGCCUCAUGAAGGCAAGAGAAAACAGGAAUCCUUAUGGCCGAUAUUCAAAAUACAUCAUCAAAAAUCUCGAUAUAUAUAUGACUUGUUUUACAGGAGAAAGGCGAUUAGUCGCGAAUUGUAUGAUUAUUGUUUGAAUGAAAAUAUUGCUGACAAAAAUUUAAUCGCCAAGUGGAAAAAAGUUGGCUAUGAAAAUUUGUGCUGUCUGCGCUGCAUUCAGACGAGGGACACGAAUUUCGGUACAAACUGUAUUUGCAGAGUGCCAAAAGGUAAACUUGAAGAAGGUCGAAUAGUGGAAUGCAUACAUUGUGGCUGCAGAGGAUGUUCUGGUUGAAUACGAUACUUUCCUACAAUUCAAUAUUCACUCGCAAUAUGUGAGCAUUUUUCCGGAAGGCAGAGAUCAUAAUAACCGCACCGAAACGCAUUCUUGGCAGGCGCAUCAGUUUUUCAUCACCGUCCAUGAAGAUUUUGCCUUGAGGUGUGAUCAUUAGCGACGCUGCUCUUUUUAAGGUAUCAUUACUACCUUGCGGAUCAUAAACUAACGCAAUACCUUCGUCAUCGUCUCCUUCUUGCGAAACUUCUAAAAACUAUGAUAGACAAAUUGAAACAUAGAAAAAAAUGUAACGUACGACGAAAAAAAUGUAAAUAAAAUGGUAUUGUAUAUA